UUCAAAGUUGGUUAACUGCAGCUCUAGUGGAUUCGUAGUCUGAGCGAACGGCACAGAGUGUAUCCAAAUAACCUGCGGUGUUGGUUGGAUUUUAAACGACUUUGGCAUCUUAUUUGAGCUGCUUUUAAGGGGGAUCAGUUGAACGGUUACAUUUAAAGGGCAUCUUCAGACGUGGAGCACAGAAGACGCUCCUUCAACAUGGCUUCAUCACAGUUAACUUUACCAGCAGCCAAAAAAGAUGAGAAAGGCAGAAAUAUACAAGUGGUUGUACGAUGCAGACCCUUCAACACGGUGGAGCGUAAAUCUGCUUCUCAUACUGUUGUUGAAUGUGAUCAGAACCGAAAAGAGGUGAUGGUCCGUACUGGGGGCGCCACAGACAAAGCAGCAAGAAAAACAUACACUUUUGACAUGGUUUUUGGUCCUUCUGCCAAACAAAUUGACGUUUAUAGGAGUGUGGUUUGCCCCAUAUUAGAUGAAGUUAUCAUGGGCUAUAACUGUACUGUUUUUGCAUAUGGACAAACUGGAACAGGGAAAACUUUCACAAUGGAGGGCGAAAGAUCACCCAAUGAGGAGUUUACUUGGGAAGAGGACCCUCUGGCUGGAAUCAUUCCCAGAACUCUUCAUCAGAUCUUCGAGAAACUGUCCAAUAACGGCACAGAGUUCUCCGUGAAGGUUUCUCUGCUGGAAAUCUAUAAUGAGGAACUCUUUGAUCUUCUCAGCCCUGCUCCAGAUGUCACAGAGAGGCUACAACUGUUUGAUGAUCCCAGAAAUAAAAGGGGUGUGACCAUUAAAGGUUUGGAGGAGAUCACUGUACACAAUAAGGAUGAGGUGUAUCAGAUCCUGGAGAGAGGAGCGGCCAAGAGAAAGACGGCCUCCACGCUCAUGAACGCUUACUCCAGUCGAUCUCACUCGGUGUUCUCUGUGACUAUUCACAUGAAAGAGAUCACACUGGAUGGAGAGGAGCUGGUUAAGAUUGGAAAACUGAACUUGGUGGAUCUUGCGGGUAGUGAGAACAUCGGGCGAUCUGGAGCUGUGGACAAGCGUGCACGUGAAGCUGGCAACAUAAACCAGUCUCUGCUGACUCUGGGUCGUGUAAUCAAGGCUCUAGUGGAGAGAGGGCCUCACGUGCCCUACAGAGAGUCCAAACUCACCCGUAUUCUGCAAGACUCACUGGGAGGACGCACCAAAACCUCCAUUAUUGCCACUGUGUCUCCUGCCUCCAUAAAUCUGGAGGAAACUCUGAGCACUCUGGACUAUGCUAACAGGGCCAAGAAUAUCAUGAAUAAGCCAGAGGUCAACCAAAAACUCACCAAGAGAACUCUGAUCAAGGAAUACACAGAGGAGAUUGAGCGGCUGAAAAGAGAUUUGGCUGCCACCCGUGACAAACACGGAGUGUACCUAUCUCUUGAUAACUAUGAGAAUAUGAACAGUAAACUGAUGUCUCAGGAAGAGCAGAUGACUGAGUACACAGAGCGGAUCGCUGCAAUGGAGGAGGAGCUCAAAACGAUUAUGGACUUGUUUACAGACAGUAAGCAGAAAUUGGACCAUUGCACUGAAGACCUGCAGGACAAAAACCAGAGGCUGGAGGAGACUCACAAGGACCUAAUUAAGACCAGGCAUCGCCUCACUCGGGAGGAGUUCAUCACUUCACAGCUCCAGAGCAAUGAGUGUCAACUCUUCAGCGCUGCUGACCAGCUGUUGAGCACUGCUGAGACCAGCACUCAGGAUGUUAGUGGUCUCCACGCUAAGCUGCAGAGGAAGAGGGAAGUGGAGUUUCAUAACGGGGAGGUCCAGCAGAGCUUUGCCCAGCGCAUGGAGAACUGCUACAACAGCAUGCAGACCUUGCUGCAGGAGCAGAGCCACAAACAUGCCGCUAUGAUUGACUAUUACCGCUCUUCUGUGGGUGAGCUGCUGAAUACGAAUGGCACAGUGUUUAAGGAGACGUUAGGUGCUGUCUGUGAGUCUUACAGCAGUAUUAAAGGGGCUGUGGGAGAAGGUGUGGAGCGGUGCAAGGAGCGAGUGUUACAUCAGGAGAAACUCUCUCAGGAGGCUCAGAAAAGCAUGCUGAAAAUACUGGAUGAACACAAACAGCAUUUAGAGGAGGUUUUGGUUGCCCAAUUAGUUUUUAAAUCUGUAGAAGAAAAGGGCAAGAAAGCCAUUAAGGACUGUGAAGGCUGUUUGAGUCACAUGCAGCAGGGAGUAGACGGAAUCCUGCAUUGUGUGGAAUUGCAGACCGACAAAGAUUAUGCAGCCUUGCAAGAACACAAAGAGAUCCUUUUCUCCAUCAACACUCAAGCACUGGAUACAGUACACCACUUCAUCAGCUCAGAGCUGCGGCAAGAUUUACCUACAGGAACGACUCCUCAGCGUAAAGAGUAUGUGUAUCCACAUGUGCUGAACAAGCCUAGGAGUCGAGAGGAGCUGGAAGAUGAGUUCAGAGCUCAGCAGGAGCAGUUUCAAUGUGCACUGAGCCAGUGUGAGACUGUCAUAGAGGCAAAAGAGGAGAAACCUCUCGACCAGGACUCUCUGGAGGAUGAAGGCAGCGUUUCUAGUGAUGGAAACAUCACUGAACAGUCAUGCUUUGAUGAGAACCUGAUGUGUUAUGAAAAUGGAAGGGUUCCGUUUUUCAAGAAGAAAAGCAAGAAGGAAAAUGGCAAUAAAUCACUGAACCAUUCAAAGAUGGAGAACGAGAGCAUGUGUACGCCACCACGUUCUAAACUACCCCUCAGGUGUCAGAAUUAACUAAUUAUGUUUUUUUUUUUUUACUCUCUCCUUGUAUGUCUUAAAGAGCAUUGUUUUAACCAUCUGUGUAUGUCUUUUUAAAUAUAUGUCUAUGUUUUUAACUUUCAUAUAUCUGUUUCUUCACAGUCACAGUUUAGUAAUAAAUGUUGUAACUUCAGAGUGAUUUCUUACUGUUACCUUU